GGAGUCAGUAUCGGAGUGAAGUUUUGCAGUAAAGACCUGAAACUGCAGCUGCGCGCGCGCUGUCCCAUUACUCUCCAGCACAGAACAGAGCCUUACCGGGAGCACUGGGAGCCUCCCAUCACCAGUACUGACAGCAGACAGGACCGGAGAGCUCGAGACAAACGUCACUUCUGCUGAGAAGGAGGACAACAUGAACGAGAACAUGAACGACCUGAAUGACCUGCUGGACAUGCUGACGGAGCAGAACUUCUCCUUCCUGGACGAUAAUGGUUCACACGUGGAGACGCUGGUGUGUCCCACUACCUUCAGCCAGAGAGCUCUACUCUACGCACUGUCAGUCCUCUACAUUUUCAUCUUCCUCAUCGGCCUGGCCGCCAACGCUCUGGUGGUUUGGGUGAACGUGAGGGCCGGGAGACGGGAACGUCACGAGACGCACCUGUACAUCCUCAACCUGGCGAUCGCUGACCUUUGCGUGGUGGCCACCCUCCCCGUCUCUGUGAGUUCCCUGCUCCAGCAUGGCCACUGGCCCUUCGGCGACGCCAUGUGCAAGAUCACUCACCUCGUCUUCAGCGUCAACCUCUUCAGCAGCAUCUUCUUCCUCACCUGCAUGAGCGUAGAUCGCUAUCUCUCAGUAUCUCACUUCAGUGAUUCUCCAGGUCAAGGCAAGAGAAGAUGGGUCAGGCAGAUGAUCUGUGUUGGCGUCUGGCUGCUGGCUCUGUUGGCCGCUCUUCCCGACACCUACUUCCUUCAGGCGGUCAAAUCCUCUCAUUCCGAGGCGACCGUGUGCAAGUCCGUGUACCCGGCCGAGACUACGAGGGAGUGGACGGUCGGCGUCCAGAUGAGCUUCAUCGUCUUGGGCUUUGCCGUCCCUUUCCCAGUCAUCGCUGUCUUCUACAUUCUCUUGGCGAGAGCGGUCCAGCCGUCUGCAGACCAGGAGCGACGUCUCGGCCGUCGACUGAUCUUCACCUACAUUGUAGUCUUCCUGGUCUGCUGGCUGCCCUACCACGGCACCUUGCUUCUGGACACGCUAGCUCUUCUGAACGUUCUACCGCUCAGCUGUGCCCUGGAAAACGUCUUGUACGUGGCAAUGCACCUCACGCAGUGUCUCUCCCUGCUCCACUGCUGCCUCAACCCCGUCAUCUACAAUUUCGUCAACAAGAACUACCGCUACGACCUCAUGAAGGCCUUCAUCUUUAAGUACUCCACCAAAACAGGCCUGGCCAGGCUUAUCGAAGCGUCGCACGUGUCUGAGACGGAGUACUCGGCCGUGGAGAAUCAGGGACCUCUGUGAACAGGAAGAGAUUGACUCUUCCAAUUGGAUAUUCCAGUUUCCUAUCGGCUAUAAUAAUAAUCUCUAAUGACCCUCUGUAUUGGGUUGUGAAACACAUGUAAAAAAAUAAAGCAGAAGUGAUGCCCAAAGGACUUCUAGGAAUUCCAGGACUACUUCCAGGAAUUCCUCCAGGACUUCUUCUAGGACUUCUUUUAGGACUUUGUAUUCAUAGAGUAUGUGUUCUGUACAUCUCUCUGCAAACCGAAGAAUGGUAUUUUUCCUUUUUGUACAUUUGAAUAUGUGAAUAUUGUUUUUAUUUUAUAUAGGGAUGUAAGACGAAAGCACUUGUACUGAACGCAGAGUUGAAAACAAAGUUUAGUUAGUUGAAAGUCAGUCGCCUGGGUCUCGCCGUUGGUUGACCAAGCGUGUUGGGUCAGCAGGGUCAGCCCGGAUCCCCUCCCCCCCUUCAGAGAAGCUUCUAAAAGAACCCAAAAAGCCCCCGGGGCUCUUUUUCAAUCCCGGCGUCUGCCUGCAUUUAUCCGUACAGUCGACUCCACCGUAGGUCAGACUCCACCGCCUCCUCUAGGCUGUAGAUCUGAAGAUCUGAAGCGUCUCGAACACAUUGGACCGUGACCGAGUGACCGGUUUUCCUUAAAGGGAGUGAACGGGUUCUCUUAAAGGGAGGGGUGAACAAAGGGAACAGUCAGAUCACGAUCAGAAGAAGCAAGAACAGAAUCUCGAUUCUCUUUACGAGAGAUCAUCAAAAGAUGAAGGUGGAUGUGGAUGAUGUGUAUGUAGCCAUUUGUAGAAAAUAUACUGUAUUUUUUUUUAGGUUGAUGUAUGUUUUGUAAAUAUUAAGACAUAUUUAUAUAUUCAUCCGUUUGUACGCUCUGUGUUGAAGUGUUAAAUUCUUGUACUUUUGAAUAAAAAAAAAAUGCUAUUUGUACAAAUACA